AAGAAGGGGAGAGUGGGAGAGUGCCGAGCCUCAGGCAGGCGACCGGGAGUUCUUCUUGGCGUGGAAUGAUAUCUCCGCUGGCUUCCUGCCCUGCUGUUGGACUUGCUAACAGGGCAUUGCCAUCACCAUGCCCUCGUUUACGGUGGAGCUGCCGCGAACCCUGGGCAGAGGAAGGAUGCGAUGGAUAUGUAUGUCCUGUAUGAUGUGGCCCGACGACCGCGAAGCCCCCAGCUGCCACACCUUCCAUGCAAAGACGUACAAGAAGUUGAAGGCAUGUGUGGCAUGUGAACAGAUGAUUACCACAGACGGCAGCGUUUGUCGUGUUUGCAAACUGACAUGUCACAAGAAAUGCGAGCGAAAGGUCUCGACCUUGUGUGCGCCUCCAGUGAACUAUGAAGUGCCCUCCAGUGCCACGGUCCCACUCAACCAUGUAGGCAGCACAGGCUCUGCAAGGUCUACCAGGAGUCUUCCAUCACGACACAGACCCUCCAGGAGUGUGAGCCUCACUCAGACGAUGGAGGAGAGGUCAGACCUUCACCUGACCUACAUCACCGAACGAAUUAUCUCCGUCACGUUUGCCAAUGGGGUGGACGAGCAGAGUUACUAUGACAACUUGAAGGAGGUGGCCCAGAUGCUGAUGUCCAAACAUGGCGAGAAUUAUCUACUCUUCAACCUGUCGGAGAAACGGCGAGACAUCGGAAAGCUCAACCCCAAGGUGGAGGACUUUGGGUGGCCGGACCUUCAUGCACCCCCCCUGGACAAGAUCUGCAGCAUCUGUAAGGCCAUGGACACCUGGCUCAAUUCGGACCCCCAGCACGUCGUCGUCAUUCAUAACAAGGGUAACUGUGGCCGGACAGGAGUGGUUAUCGCAGCCUACAUGCAUUACAGCAACAUAUCCGCCAGUGCCGACCAGGCGUUGGACCGGUUCGCCAUGAAGAAAUUCUACGAGGACAAAAUAUCGUCGGUUAUCCAGCCCUCACAGAAGAGGUACAUCCACUAUUUCAGUGGACUGCUGUCCGGAACCAUCCCGAUGAACAACAAGCCUCUGUUUCUGCACCAUGUCAUCAUGCAUGGCAUCCCCAGCCUCGAGUCCAAGAGUGGCUGUCGACCAUUCCUGAAGAUUUACCAGAGCAUGCAGCCCAUCUACACCUCAGGAAUUUACAAUACUCCGGGAGACAGUCACACAAGCAUCUGUAUCACAAUCGAGCCUGGACUCAUGCUGAAAGGAGAUAUCCUGCUGAAGUGUUAUCACAAGAGAUACCAAAGCCCUGCCCGUGAAAUUGUGUUCCGUGUGCAGUUCCACACGUGUGCCAUCCAUGAGCUUGGAGUAGUGUUUGGCAAAGAGGACCUCGAUGCUGCCUUUAAAGAUGACAGAUUUGCCGAAAACUCCAAGGUCGAAUUCAUCUUCUCCUUUGGUCCGGAAAAGAUACAAGGAAUGGAGCACCUGGAGAACGGCCCGAGGGUGUCCGUCGAUUUCAACAGCGGCGAUCCUUUGAUGAGAUGGGAUUCCUAUGAGAACUUUAACGCCGAGGUGGAACCGAGCGGAGAGGGUGAGGCGGCGUCCAUGAGGAGAGAAACAGAGUUUGCGUAUCAGAAUGGAGACCCAUUGUCAGACCUGGGAAAGAGAGAUAAAAGAGAUGUGGUACACACCCAGGGGCCGCUGGACGGGAGCCUAUACGCCCGAGUGAAGAAGAAACAGUUGACGGAUGGCACAGGAAACCCGCUGAGUGUCAGCGACGUCAGCAGAGCACCAGCUGGGCUGCCUGACCACCUGGAGCACACGUUGUCAGUCAGCAGUGACUCGGGCAACUCAACGGCCUCCACCCGCACCGAGGAGCAGCUACUCGCCCCCAACCCCGGCAUCACGGCCAAGGAGCGGCGGGAGCUCGACCGCCUGCUCAGUGGAUUCGGACUGGAGGGUGCAGAACCUCUGCAGGGCCGUGCCCCAGUCUCGGGCCAGGGGCUGGGGCUGGAGCUAGGCCGAACUCCGGGUACCCACCAUGUCCUGGUACCAGCUCAGGUACACGUUAACGGCGAGGGGCCAUAUUGCGGGGCCGAGCGGGAGACCGACAUCCUAGAUGAUGAACUGCCAGUCCUGGGCACCCGCUCGUCGUCGGACGGGGCCCUGACGGCGGCACUGGCCGCUGCCUACACCGGGCCUCCAGCAGGCCCGCUCUGCAGCCUGGAGUCAGGCCCCGGCGCCCGGCUGCUGCCCACACUCUCGACGCCACGGCACGUCACCUACCGUGGGCCUGAGUGGGCACCGCAGCCACAGACCGCACUGCUUCUGCAGGCCGGCGGCCCCACCACCGCACCGCCCCGUUCGCUGUCAUUUGGCUCCCGACCACCACUCCUGCCGGCAGCUCCGGCCCGCAGCACCAGCAGCCGCGAGGCUGUGCAGCGAGGCCUAAACACCUGGCAACAGCAGGCGGCCAGCCCGGUCAGUCCACGCCACAGCCGCUCUGAGCCCAGCCUACUGACAGCUCAGCCUCUUGAGCCCGGGCCCGCCUCCCGCCAGGAGAUCGAAGAGUCCAUUGAUGCCCUCAGCUCGCUGAUGCUGGACCUUGGAAUGCCACCCUCAGGCCCUAGCCCCAGAGCCGGCUCCUCCAGCCCACUGAGGAACGUGGAUAGCAGCCAUGGGCCCGGAUCAUUGCUGUCCCCGCCUCUUACCCUGGAUAAGGCCGCUGUCAAUGUUACCACCGUGGACCAGGUGGAUGGCCCACAGAAUGGGGAGGACUACAGCCUGGAAGGGCUGGUGGCACAGCGAGUGGCAGAGUACAACGCCAGGAUUCGCGACAUUGGACACAGCAUCAGCCCCCGCCUGCCCUCCUUCCGCCGACGGUCACACACUUUCUCUGGAGUGAGGCCCCGGGACCUGAAUCCAUUGGAGACAGACCUGAUCUCGAGGAGACGGACUAGCAGCGAGGGCCAGUACGAGAAUGGCAGCGACACCUCCUGCAGUCCUCCUGUCCGCUCUCCUGUCCGCUGUGUCUCUCCAGAGCUGGCCAGCUCCAUCGCCGCCAAUCCCGGGGGAUGGCCCAAGGAGUCCAACAUGCACAGCUACAGAGAAGCGUUUGAGGAGUUGGAAGGAGCGGUCGUGACUCCGGCCAGCACCGUGGCCCGUUCUCCUCCCGGACUGGCCCAGACCCCACUCUCGGCACUGGGCCUGAAGCCUCACAACCCGGCCGACAUCAUACUGCAGUCCACCGUUCUGGGGCAAGAGGGAGACAGUAGCCCAGUGGGUGGAGAGGAGGAAGAGCCCAGGAGUUACGUGGAGUCUGUUGUUCGGACAGCGACCGUGGGUGGGGGCCAGCAGCAGCCUCGCCCCGUACCUCAGAGCUACCCAGUGGAGACUCCAGCCCGAAACACGUCCAUCCUGUCAUCGUACACACCCCCAACGCCCAUCUCAACCAGUAGCCCUCUGUCCAGCAUGGAGAGCCCCUUCCUCGCCAGCUGCUUGUCGACAGAUAUCAAUGGCCAGAGCAGCUCGGCAGCCCAGUCCUCCCUGGAUUCCAGCCUGCGGUCGAGCAGCCUCUCGCACCCUUCGCUCACCGAGCGCUACUUCAGGGCCAGCCCACCCCGUCAGGCCGGCAGCGGCCCGAACACGGACGCCUUGAGAGGCGACCCCGCCGGAUUCGGCCCCAGCGCGCUGUACCCUGAGCGGCCCUCCGGCGCCCAGCUCAAUGCGGCGGGGAGCGUGGGGUUCCCUGAGAGCCCGCAGCCCCUGCACCGGACCGUGGCCACCAACACCUCGCCCAGCCCCUUGCUGAGCCGGCAGGCGGCUCCCGGCAGCCCUGGAAUCAGCAGGCACCCCCUGGGGGCGCUGACCGGGGUGUCGGGCAGCCCCAUCCUGCCCCGGUACCACGGCGUGGUCAGCGCCAGUGCCCCCGUGACUCCCAGCAGCCCGGCGGCAGAGACCUACCCCCCAUAUGGGUUCCCUGCCCCGCCGGCCCAGGCAGAGGACGGGUACCCGGGGCUGAGCCAGCACGGCAGCCUGGCAGGCCUCUCCGCUCCGGGGACGCCAGGGUUCCCCGUCUCGCCGGCCUACCUGAGCGCUGCCGGCGGCUCCCCCGUCCUCGGCCGCGGCUACGCCGGGAACAGCCCCCAGCCGCAGCUGCCCCAGAAGCGACGGACGUCGAGCGGCGAGCGCUCCGGCAGCUCAACCAACUACGCCACCGUCAACGGCAAGGCCGCCUCGCCGGUCUCCAGCGGGGUGUCCAGCCCCAGCGGCAGCAGCACGCCCGGCCUCGGCUUCACGCACACCCUGCCCGACUUCUCCCGGCUGGCGCUGCCCGACAGCAGCCCAGAAACCCGAGCCAAUGUUAAGUUCGUCCAGGACACCUCAAAAUACUGGUACAAGCCAGAUAUCUCCCGAGAGCAAGCAAUCGGCCUGUUGAAGGACCGGGAUCCAGGAGCGUUCAUUAUCCGGGAUAGCCACUCGUUCCGGGGAGCCUACGGACUGGCGCUGAAAGUCUCCACUCCUCCUCCAUCCGUCAGCCCACAGAGUAAGAAAGGUGACCUGACCAAUGAGCUGGUUCGACAUUUCCUGAUUGAAACCAGUGCCAAGGGGGUGAAGUUGAAAGGCUGCCCCAACGAACCCUACUUUGGCUGCCUGUCAGCUCUGGUGUACCAGCACUCCAUCACCCCGCUCGCUCUGCCCUGCAAACUCGUUGUUCCCAGCCAAGAUCCAGUGGACAAAGCCCCAGAACCAUCAGCACUGACAAACUCAGCCUCGGAGUUACUGAAGCAGGGGGCAGCGUGCAAUGUACUGUUUGUAAAUUCGGUGGACAUGGAGUCUCUGACAGGCCCACAGGCGAUUGCAAAGGCCAUCUCGGGGACACUGGGCACCCAGCCACAACCCACUGCCACCGUUGUUCAUUUCAAAGUGUCCUCACAGGGGAUAACCCUGACUGAUAACCAGAGGAAGUUGUUCUUCCGACGUCAUUAUCCCAUCAGCAGUGUUACGUUCUGUGAUGUCGAUCCACAGGAGAGAAGGUGGACAAAGCCAGACGGUGCCUCCUCCAAGCUCUUCGGCUUCGUGGCCCGGAAGCAGGCGAGCACCACUGACAACGUCUGUCACCUCUUUGCGGAGAUGGACUCCAACCAGCCAGCCACCGCCAUCGUCAACUUCGUCUCCAAGGUCAUGAUCGGCUCGCAAAAGAGAUGAAUGCCUGUCGUCCUCCCCGCCAAACAAUCGGCAAAAGUGGUCCACGGGGAGAGGAGAAGGACUUGGAGACGGGUCGGAGAGGGAGUGCGCGGAAGUGAAGGGUGGCGGCUGGGGACUGGGAUGUGUCGGGGAAUGGAUGGGGGAGGAGGGCAGAUCUCGUAAAAAUGCACAGCGUGAGGAGGAAAUGGCAACGUUUCCAGUUGAAGGACAACUAACUAACGGGCAGUGUUUAUCUUAGAACUGUAGGCAUAAAUGUGUGGCAUGACACAGGAGGCCGUGAGCUGUUUAAUUGUGACUCGUUAACCGGCUUUAAUCAAUUGCUAAGCUCAGUGCAUGAUUUUUCCAAUGUGAGCAUGGUUUACCAGAUUCUGCUUUGGAACAGGGGGCAAUUCCCACCCAAAUACCCACCGGCAGCCCCUAGGCCACCAUCUGCCCUAGGUGGCGCGGAGGGAGAUUGUCUCGGAGAACUGGGUAGCAGUAGGUGGGAGCUGUGCCUCACCUACCGUCCCCUCGUCACCCUGUGGACGUGUGCACGCAAUGCAAGACGUGACGUGACUCUGACUGGGAGGGACCGCCAGCGUGUGUGAUACAGGGAGUCGGGGUGCUCUCGGGCUGAAGGGUGGGUAGUGACCAGCGCUCUGCACCUUAUUCCGGUUCCCUGCCAUCCCAGCACUUAUGACCGUUCUGUCCCCGACCGUGUUCGGAGACAUUGACCCUCCUCCACCGCCCCCCCCCCCCCCGCCGACCCCAUGUUCCUCUCCUCUCUGUCAAAGCCUCCAUCGUCCUUCACUGCAGCCUUCCUGCACACAGGGCUCUCCUCGUCAGUGCCACAAACUCUGUCUCCUGACCCGCUCGGCACCAACACAAAGCCAGAAUCGAUACUCUGAACCCAGCAAGUAAAGGUUCAAAUCUUACCGCCACCACUCGAACUGAAUCCAAUUUAAAUAAAUCUGGCUGUGAAUAUCUAGUCUGGAUAGAAUCAGAAGAUGCAAAUGCCCUUUAUGGAAAGAUCAUCUGUCUGUAACCCAUCUGGACCACCACACAGUAACAGUCUGAUUGUACCUGCUGUGAGACAACAAGACAUAGGAGAAAAAUUAGGCCGUUUGGUCCAUCAGUCUGCUCCCCCAUUCCAACAUAACUGAUUUAUUUUCCCUCUCAACCCCAUUCUCCUGUCUUCUCCUCAUAACCUUAGAUGUCCUCAUUAAUCAAGAAUGUAUCAACCUCUGCUUUCAAUAUGCCCAAUAACUUGCCUUCACAGCUGUCUGUGGCAAUGAAUUCCACCCUCUGGGUAAAGAAUUGUCUCCUCAUCUCUGCUUUGACUGCUGACACCCAAGCUCCAGCUGCUCAGGCCUGUCCCGUCCCCUCAUAGCUGCCACCCCUCUCUGCAAAGGACACCUUGAGUUUGUCCAAACAUCUGUGAACAGCUGGAGCAAUGUCCCUGAAAACUCCCAAAUACUUGCCCGGGAGUGAAGUAUUACAGACUUAUACAGUGCUGAAACAGGGCCUUUGAUCCUCAAAAUCCUGCAGCUGCUGCAAGUUCUGAAAUAAACCAGAGCAUGGUCCAAAAUUUUCGGCAGGUUAGGGCAGCGUUCCUAAAGAAAGGAACAGAGCUAACGCUGUGAACCAUUGACUGAUCUCCCUGCAGUGUUACUUCCUCUUUGUUCCGGAACUGUUCCAGGGCAAACCCACCUUCACCCUCAUAUUCCAUUUAAGUAGCCCUCCAACCACACGGCAUGAACAUUUUGAUUUCUCCAAUUGUUUUUUUCCCCUUUCCCCCUUCCCUCUUCUUCGAUUCCCCACUCUGGCCUCUUACUACUUCUCCUCCUCUGCCUAUCACCUUCCCCUGGUGCCCCCCUCCUCCCCCCUUUCUCCCAUGGUCCACUCUCCUUUCCUACCAGACUCUUCCUUCUCCAGCCCUUUACCCUUUCCAUCAAUCACCUCCCAGCUUCUCACCAUCACUCCUCCCGUCCCCACCUGGCUUCACCUGUCACCUUCUGCCUUGACCUCUUUCCCCUCUUCCCCCACCUUCUUAUUCUGGCAUCCUCCCACUUCCUUUCCAGUCCUGAUGAAGGCACUCAGCCCGAAAUGUCGACUGUUCAUUCCCCUCAAUAGAUGCUGCCUGACCUGCUGAGCUCCUCCAGCGUUUUGUGUGUGUUCACCCUGCCUGACGCUUCCUCGGUUUAAUAGUGUGUAACCCACUCACUGUGGAGGGGCACCCUUGGCUGUGGAUCUGUCUGCCCAUUCAAAUGGACUGAGGAGAGGGGGCAAAAUAUGUCACCCCCUACUCCGUGUCUGCCCCCAGCAGCCUAGUACACACCCCUGUGGGGUAGGGAUGGUACAUGAUGGACAAGGAGUGAAGUUCCCUCUACACCGUCCCAUCACACACUCCCAGGGUCAGACACAGAGUGAAGUUCCCUCUACACCGUCCCAUCACACACUCCCAGGGUCAGACACAGAGUGAAGCUCCCUCUACACUGUCCCAUCAAACACUCCCGGGGUCAGACACAGAGUGAAGCUCCCUCUACACCGUCCCAUCACACACUCCCAGGGUCAGACACAGAGUGAAGCUCCCUCUACACUGUCCCAUCAAACACUCCCGGGGUCAGACACAGAGUGAAGCUCCCUCUACAACCAUCCCAUCAAACACUCCCAGG